AUGACUGAGCUGUACGUGAACACCAGCAAAUCAUGAACCAUGAAGACGCGCGUUGUAGCGUCGUUUGAGCUAUGUUUUAGCUGAAUAGUCACUGCGUGGGAAGCUCAUAUGCCAAAUUUUCAACCAAUCACAGCCGUGCUUCGGUAUUGCUCCUAUUGGGUUAGGCGUGAUUUCUGAUUUCGCAUCCGGUGAAAAUUUGACCUACCUUACUUCCUUCUUUCUAUUUGAAGGUUAUUAAACUAUUGUGUUCGCUGUUUAUAUCGUUUUAAAGCUUUUCUACCAUUAGCUAAAAAUGGGCACACAUGAUACUAUGUUACCACUUCACACUGGUUUUUUGAUUAAAUCGCCACCAGAUAACAGAGUGACUGGAAACUUUAAGCGGUGGAUGAGAAGAUGGUUUGUUCUAUGGGAGGAUAAAACAUUAGAGUAUUACAAAGAAAGAGGAGAUGCUCGCCCUAAAAAGAUAAUUGAUUUAAGUCGUUGUGAAUUUCUUGAUACAAAUUUAUCGGACAGGAAGUUCGAAAACAUAUUUAGUAUCAGAGUAGGAGGCGAAAGAGAUGGCAGGACAUACUAUCUCGCCGCAGACAGUCCUUAUGAAAUGAGGACUUGGAUUGAUACGAUUUGCCAGUUGUGUGAUUUUAAACCAACGGAAAACAAUAAUAACGAUUCCACAACACUCGUACGUCAUCGGGCUCAACUAGAGAAGGAAAUUAAAGCUGAAUCUAGGGAUAGUGGGAUACUACUUCCAGAAAGUGGGACUGGUGACUCAAAUGAUACAAGUGAUUUUGGUCGAGUUAAAGUUGUUCCUCCCAUGGAACCUGAGAUACCAGAUUAUGAUGAUGUUCCACCGCCAGUACCUGUAAACACAACAAACGAGGAUGCUGAUAAUCUAUAUAAUGUUCCCCCUCACCACCCUUCUGAAAAAUGUCCAGUAGAUUGGUCGUCAUCUUCGGGGUGUUCUCUCAGUAUAAGUGAUCGACGAGACAGUGAUAUCUACCGAAAUGAGCAUGAGUCAGAAUAUGAUGUCCCACCACCACCCACGAAACAAAGCUACCCACUCACCUCAGGAGGUUUUGGCCACCAUUCACCUCAAUCGAACUAUGACGUACCAAAACGUUUGUCGGGUGGUUCGGGUAAUGAAGAUGGCGGAGAUAUUUAUGACAUACCACCUCAACACUCAAACUACGAUACUCCACCACGUCACCCAAUGUCAGACAUGACCAGGCCUGUGUACAAUAACAUAGAAAUUCAUAACAGAUCUAAUGUACGACCGUCAAGUAAUGGGACACCUGAAGAUAUCUAUGAUCAUGUACCAGCACCACAACCUAAUUAUGACAUAGUACCGCGUUCUGAAUAUGAUUAUGUACCACCACCACAACCUAGUUAUGACAUAGGACCGCGUUCUGAAUAUGACUUUGUACCACCACCUAAACCAUUACACCAGGACUAUGAUCAAGAGGAGGCUCCUCCGAUAAGUAGAGUGGGGAAACCUCAGACACUGAAGCCUUAUGUAAACCUACAAACUCCAAUGGAUCAGGGUUUAGAUGCAUACAAGAAGCCGUUACCAAAGGCACCAGCUCAGCGAGAUUCUGGAACAGGAUUUGAUGAUGAGGGGGGUAUUUACGAUGUUCCUCCCGUUCCUCAACCCCCAGGAAACUCUGCCCCAAGUGUGGACAGAAGAAGCAAACCAGGCACGACACCGCCGCUGGUGAAUCGUAGUUGUAAACCAGGCAAAGGACGUGAAUACGUCAAUAUACCGAUGAGAAGCGCCACAGUUAAAGACAGUUCAUAUCAACAAGCACGAAGAGGUGGGAAUGUUCAGCGAAGUAAAAGUUCGGUUGCAGAUUAUGAAAGUGAAGGGUACUUGUAUAUGGACAGUCCUCAGAGAACUGAAUCAUCAUUAAGAUAUAGUAAGAAGGAAGCUUCGUUGCCGGAGGAAGAAGUAGAGUAUGAAUACAUGUCUUUAAAAACUGACACAAAUGUUUAUCAGAAUUGCGACACGCCUUCUUCGCCGCAGACGACAAAGAAAGAACCAGAGAGAACCCCACCCUUGAGAGGGCAUUACCAAGAUAUCUCUGUGGUUUGUUCACGUGAUGUCCCUUCUGUGCCACAGAGGGUUCGAACUCAGUACACAACUAUUGACCUCCAGAAAACUAAAGGAUUUCGUAAAACGUGUGAAGAUGCAGGAAAGGGGCAGUGAAUGUGCAGAGAAGGAAUGAAAACCAUCUGUUGCUGGAUCUACUCAGAUGUCGUUUUUUAAGCGGCGUAACUAGAGGCGUAAUUGGGGAGUGGGUGAACUUUCAUAUCUAAUGUUUAUUUACCGCAUGAACAUUUCAAAAGAUAUCAUGAAAGCAAGAAAUGAAUAUAUGAAUAUUUUCCUCAGCCCUAAUUAGGCGUCUGGUUUCGCCUUUUUACGAUGCAUAUUGUAAUUACAGAUGGCGAAAUGAUUAUUUUGGAGUAAAUAACAUUCAUCGUUAGUUUAGGUCGCGUCUAUUUAAUAUUAGUAUACACCCAACUAUUGUCUAUUACAAAUCCUACAUUCUGAUUGGCUACUCAACCAUUGUCUAUUAGUGAUGAUGCACGGUUGGGAAAAUUUCGCUCGCGCGACUGUAUAAAAUUGAAUUAUUUUUCGGUGUAAUUGCGGUGUAUCGAUUAUUUUUUCGAAAUUAAUAUAUCUACGUA